UUGAGGAAGCGACCACGACCCACAGGACGAGGCUCGGGGUUGAGAAACCAACCACGUCCCACGAAACGAGGAGCCGGAUCCCAGCGGAACUCAAGCCCGCGACCUCGAUUAAAAUGGGGCGGCAGAGCGUCCACAGCCACUUCCGGCACAAAAGCAACGGCACGGUCAAUCACUAGAUCUGGAAGACCUAGUAGAUCGAUCUCGCGAACAAACGCGGGCGCCGAGAGUUGAUCCCGAAAGGAGCGAGCAAAAUGGUCGUGCUCCUCCGGAUCUUGCCCCGCGCGACGCCCGUUAUCACGCACUGAACUCUGCCCCGCAGCGAAACGAAACUCACUCGAAUUCGGAGCCAUGAAACCAACAAUCGACAACACAAAGCGAUAAUAAAACAGCGCGAGAGAAAAUAAAAAAGAAACGCUCAAUACAAGACGACGUCGGAAGACGGACUGAAUGGAAGAGCGAAUAAAAAGCCUGAAAAGGGCUAGACAAAAGCAAAAAUAGCUGUAUAUGCAUCCAGAGAAAAAGAGAAUGCACCGCAAAUGAUUCUAAGAAAAUAUUAUAAUAUAAUACAAAGCUUUCUAUUACAGGAGUCUUAUUGCACGGAGCACCUGUAAGGAAACCGAACCUGAUACCCAAGUCGAAAUAAAAGAAUUUAAAUAUGAACCGGGUAUCUACUUCGAAAAAAUGGGCGAGAUAAACCAAAUCGAGUCCACAUGGAAGAUGGUGAUAAAAAUAGACAUCGCCGCAAUGGACCAUCGACAUGAACAAUUGAGAAACUAUAUGGCACAAACGAGAGCUCUAUGCUACGAUAAACCAUUGCAAAUAAAAAUGAAAGAAACCUGCCACAACCUGCUACAAAUAGCAGAAAAGGACAGAGAACAAGCAGAAAAAUUGCUAAAACGUCUAAAAUUUGCGUACCAAGCACCCAAGAAGACAAGACAAGGGCUAAUCAAUGGUCUAGGAACGAUAGCCAAAACACUCUUCGGCACAAUGGACGCAGACGACGAAAAAAUUAUAAAGGAGCAAUUAAAUCUCAUGCAAAGAAAUCAGCAAACGUUGCAGCACGCGAUGAAAAAUCAGAUUAAAGUAUUAAACGCAACAAUUGCGCAUGUUGAUAAUGUUGAAAAAGUUCUGCAAGAAAAUGAAGAACAAUUCUUAAAUAUAACAGAGAAGAUGCGACAAGCCUGGAUACAAACAGAAGUCGGAUAUGGACAACGAGAAGAUCUCGACGAACACUUUAUAAUAUUAAAUGCCAUAAUAAAAGAUCUAACGAACGAUCUUAUGGAUAUUAUCGCGCAUCUGACUAACGCGAAAAGAGGGAUAAUCGACAUAAGAUUAUUACCCAUAAGAAGCAUCCUAGAUAACCUCAAGGAAACAGCGUCACAAAUACCGCAGGGAACGCACUUCCCAUUUCAAAUAUCCGCAGAAAAUUGGAGAACAAUCGAAAAGUUCUUAACAAUUAGCGCAUACUACGAUAAUACAAAUAUAUUUACGAUUAUAAAGAUUCCGCUAAUCACAUACCCCGAGUAUGAAAUAAUAAAGGCAAUCCCAUUACCUACGCACAAAUUCAAUAAUACAUUUAUAUUUAUAAAAGUAAAUCAACCGAUAAUAGCGAUAGAUGUAGAUAGCCGAACGUAUUUUACGCCUACCGAAAACGAUCUAAAUAAAUGCGUGCGAAAUAAUGACCAAUAUGUUUGCGAACAAAAUUAUCCCAUACAUUAUUUAGACGAAGGAGCGCUAUGCGAAGUACAAGCGUAUGUACAGUUAGAGACAUACACAAACAAUUGUAAUAUUCGACACAUACACACGAAUACAACAAUAUGGACAGCGCUGAGUAAUGCGAACUCAUGGUUAUACUCUACACGAGCAAACCAACCGAUCGAAAUAACGUGCGAAAACGACGCAACGCGAAAACUAGAAAUAAAAAGAAGCGGACAAAUCACAUUAAAGGAAAAAUGUAAAUUAACAACGCAAGACGUCAUAAUACGGACAAAAAAGCCCGCGAUAAUAACAAUCGUACAGACAAAUCUACCAGAUUACAAUCUUACGAUGACACAUGACAAACGAAACGAAAAAAUAUUGGACAAAAUUAGACCGAUAAAAUUACGAAAAGUCAUUAGAAACCCGACAGAAUUAAGGGACCUAAGCGAAAGACUUGACGAAACAAACGAAGACUUAAAUAACAAUUAUUUUACUACUAACGAACACGUUAUAUAUCCCGUAGCUUCAAGUUGCACAGGAAUAAUAAUAAUAAUAAUAAUUACCACAAUAGCAAUUAUAUACGCCAAGAAAAAAUGUAAGACCGAAAAGAAAAAACUACCAGAAACCAAUAUAAAUCCGAUGUGCAAACCGAAAAUAAUUCAAGAGCACAUCUACGGCACCGCAAGCGGAUCGAAUAGAACCCCGCAAACCGGCACUCAACGAUAA